GCCGACCUGCUGCUGCUGCCGCCGCUCACACUCUCAGAGCACCAGCCGGUCCGACAAACACACCGGAGGGGAAGAACCGGGGCGGACGGCUGCAGGGAUGAAGACAGAACCCGUCCUGACAGGGAGUAAAACGGCUGCAGCUGCUCGUCUUCCCGCGUUGUUUGCCCAGUGAAUCCUGAAGCCUCAGCGGACAGAGACAGAGGUGUUUGGAAAGUCUCGGCUGGAGAACAGAUGGGCGGGAGCUGAGACGGCAGGAGGACGAAGCAACUUGAAAGAGCAACAUCCGUUGGUGUUGCCUCGCUGCCCGUGGGCUGAUGGAGAUGACGGACGAAAUGUGGGAGAAUGGCAGCUUCGCCAGCCCCUCGCCGGGACUCCCCCUGUUUCUCCUGGUGUUGAACGACAGCGAACUGAACGAGACGCUGUUCAACAUCACCAACGGCACCGCCACAGAGGUCUCCUCCGGUCCCAGCGUGGAGGGCGUCCUCAUCUCACUCAUAUACAUCAUCGUUUGCAUCAUCGGCCUGGGUGGAAACACUUUGGUGAUCCACAUCGUGCUGCACUACUCCAAGAUAGAGUCUGUCACCAACAUCUACAUCCUCAACUUGGCCAUCGCCGACGAGCUCUUCAUGCUCAGUCUGCCUUUCCUGGCGGUUCAGAACAGCCUCCAGUCAUGGCCGUUCGGCUCCUUAAUGUGCCGUCUUGUCUACACCGUCGACUCCAUCAACCAGUUCACCAGCAUCUUCUGCCUGACUGUGAUGAGCAUCGAUCGUUACCUUGCCGUCGUCCACCCUAUCCGGUCCUCGAAGUGGAGGCGCCCUCAGGUGGCCAAAGUGGUGAACGGGACAAUCUGGGCUCUGUCGUUUCUCGUUGUUCUGCCUGUGGUCAUCUUCGCCAACGUCCAGAAGCCAGGCGGCAACUGCAACAUUGCCUGGCCGAACCCGGCUAACAUCUGGCAAGCGGCUUUCAUAAUUUACACCUCGACCGUUGGGUUUGUCUGCCCUCUUCUUAUCAUCUGCCUCUGCUACCUGCUCAUAGUCUUCAAGAUCCGCAGCUCGGGCAAAAAGGUACACGCCACCUCAACCAAGCGAAGGAAGUCGGAGAGGAAGGUGACGCGCAUGGUUGUGAUCAUCGUAGCCAUGUUUGUCUUCUGCUGGCUGCCUUUCUACGCCCUCAACAUCAUCAACCUGCUGGUGUCCCUGCCCGGUGAGUACCAGGGUCUCUACUAUUUCGUCGUAGUGCUCGGCUACGCUAACAGCUGCGCCAACCCCAUCCUCUACGGCUUCUUGUCGGACAACUUCAAGAGGGGUUUCCGGAAAGCCCUCUGCCGCUCCACGAGGAAGGUGGAGAACCACGAGCCCAUGGAGCGCCAGCAGCAGCAGCAGCAGCAGCAGCAGGACGAGGGGAGGACGGCGCUCAUGCCCAGGGAGAGCCUGAGGCGAGCGAUCAGGGACGAAGAGGAGGACGACGAGGAAGACGUCUCGGAAAUGACCGAGAUCUACAGAAUCGCACAAAACGGCAACAGCAGCUUCCAGCCGCAGUGCUCACAGCCGCUGUUCUUGGAAAGAGGAGCGACUCCGGGAGCGACGGAGCCGUCGACGCCGGACAGGAGGGACAAAACUGGGGACGUGAAAGGGAAAGAUCCGGUCAACGGGUCCAUGCUGACCGUACCGUUGCUUCUCAAUGGCACCAAAAACGGGAGCAUUAAAACUCUGCCAGAGGAAAACUUGGAACAGAGCGCAUCACUUGAGAUAAGUUACUUAUAGUAUAAAACACGGACCGCGUUGGACCUGAACUGAACUCAGUAUUACGACACCCGACUCUGAUCCACAACACAUGGAGCCAAAUAUACAUACGAACACUUUAGAAACACUCAGGCGGGCCUUUAGAACCGCUACUUUUUGAUCAGUGGACUCAUUUGAAAGAAGUUUUACCAACACACAGAAUGUAUUACUGUUAAUAUUGUGUACAUAUGCAUGGCUGAAUGUACAGAGUGGUGCCUUUAAUUUAAGUUUAUCAGACGUAUCUUGUUGAUCGUUGUGCAAUGUGACAAUCGUUUGCUCGAAUUGAACUGUAUUUGAGCUGAAGUCGACGUUCACCGCAGCCAUCUACACAUUAACAUUUACAACACGGCUAUUUCUUUACUUCAGAGACGAAUCCCAAGCCCGAAUGUGCUGCUUGUCGGAUUUAAGGGGAAUGUAACUGCUGCCAGGAUUGUUAUCAGAGGCGGUGGAGGUGGAUAGUGGAUGUACAAAGCAUAGGAAAAUAUUGAAAUCAAGAAAAGUGCUUUAGUCCGGGUUAAAGGAACAUAGUAGUUUCAGUUAAAUGUUAAUAAAACAUGGAGCGUGCACAGAGGCUGUCAUCCCAUCUCUCAUCCCAUUUCCUGUCACUUGUAAGCUGUAAAGAUAAAAUAAAGCCAGCACAAAACUUAGAUCUAUAUAUAUAUUUAAAACAUGUAAAUAAACCUGU